ACAAUGUCUAACUGCACUUCCACUAAUGCCGGAUUAUUGAUAUGAUGAGGCCAGGUACCCUUUAUCUGUAUUGUAGAGGGCUCUACAAGAGUUAAGUGGGUGUCCCUCUCUCCCUCUCUGUCUCUCAUUCAAACCCUUAUCCAUCUGCAGAUCUGCCAACAACUAACUCUUUAGUGAGCAGGAGAGCAGUCUAGCCACAAACUAGCAGGGGAUACUGAGCCUUAGCUCCACCACAGGGGAAUCUUCGAAAAAGCCAUUCAUUGCUCUAUAGAGAGAAGGAAAAAAAAGCUUCAUAUCUGGAAAGAGACAUCUUUCAAGCUGAAGGAGUCUUAGAGCGUCUCACCAUGAAAAACUUCAAUCCGUCUUGGAGGGUGUUUCAUGUGACCCUCUCCUAGAAGGAUAAACAGCUCUCACUUUACCGGAGAACUAACUGGAUUCUAAGAGAUGAUGGGAAGUAUAAAAACACAUGGAAUUCAUUGGAGUGUUCUCGUCACUGUUCUGGCUGGAUGUAUGUGCCAUUCCAAUAUACGAACAUCUGACAACUAUCGAAGAGACUUUUUCAACCCCUACCACUCGCUUAUUCUACCAGAUGGCAGGGAAACCACGGCCUAUUUAUUGAAAGAUAUUACUAAAAGGUACUAUUUUUCAUUGCAAGAAAACAGUUCUCACUUCUCAAUCACUGUGACUCCUUGUGAUGUACCUAUUGAAUGGAGUAUUCUACAGUACAGAGCAUCACAUGCAUUCCAUGGAAAAGCAGCAGAAAAAUACAGAUCAUUUGAUGACCUAAAAGCUCGAUCCUACUACAAGACCGUAUCUAUGUUCUUCCAUUAUAAAGGAAACUCAGUUGAAAACUAUGUUGGUACAUCUUCACAUUCUUCAAUUUUUGUCCUUGAAUUUCUCUCAACAGAGAGAGACACUCACAUCUCAGUGUAUCUCACAACUGACUUAGCACAUGGUAACCUAUUUCCCGAGCUUCCAGGAGAUCCUCGAAUUGACGUCAGUUCAGUCAACCACAAUUCUGUUUCACUUGUCUGGAAACCAAGUCCAUCUGCCACAAAGCAGAAGGAGAAUGUUCAAUACUGCGUUCUUGUCAACGAAAAGCAUAAUUACAAAAGUCUGUGUGCUGCCGACACUGCAAUUCGAUCUGCAACUAGAAAAUGGCAAAAGUUACCAAGUUAUCCUAUUUCACAAUAUCUUGAUGACCAUCAUCGGGUUAUGCUCCUUUCUAACAGUGAUAUUAGUGUUAUUCAAAGAUCCAACAAUGUUGAUGUAAGGCAAAUGUGUAUUGGAAACAAAAACACAUACACAGUUUCCAAUUUGAGCUCCAACACUCAGUAUUAUUUUGAUGUUUUUGUUGUCAAUCUUCUAACAAAUGCCAGUGCUGCCUACACGGGAACCUUUGCAAAAACCUGGAUUGAGCCAAAACCUAAAAUUAUGUCUCUAAAAGAUGGUAAAAUAGUUCAAAUCAAGUUUGAUGGUAAAAACCAAAAAGUUUACAGCUUUCAAUAUCAGGCAAUAAAUAAAAAGGUCCAAUUCACAUUGCAGCCAUGCAGGGGCCAAAUACGAGCUCAGAUAUCAAGAAAUGGUAAGUUUCUGGUAUCAGAAACCAUUCAAAAUUUAAGACACAUAACAUUUAAAGGAAAAAUGAUGGAUAAAUACUUAGCUGUUUUCAAAUCAUCAGAUGUAAUGCCAAAUUCUUCUGCCAUGAUUCAGGCAUCGUCACAUAUCCACAAGACAUUAUUCCCAUUUUUUCCAGCAAGUUUGAAGAUUAAAUCCUUCAACAAACUUAGAACCUGUGACUCAAUAACAAUUGCUUGGCUUGGUACACAGGAAAGGAACAUGUAUUGUGUCUACAAAAAGAAGAUUCGAGAAGAAGAAAUUCUUAGAGAAACUUCUAGUGUUGACCGAUGCUUAGGACCUGAAUCCCGGCCAAGAUCUGAAAAAGUUCUCUGCAAGUACUUCCACGAUAUCAAUGUCCAGAAAGCAGUGACUACAGAAACUAUUGGGGGUCUAGAGAAAGGCACUCCGUACCUAUUUGAUGUGUAUCUUGUUGGAUCCUCUGGAAUACUGGUUAGAUAUCAGAGUAAAGUAGUUAAGACUAGAAAAACAUGUUAAACGCAGAUUUUUUUUUUUAACUUACUAACUUCAUAAAACAGAAAAAUUUAAUAGAAAAUAAAUUUGCAAAAUGUGGGAUUUGUUUUUACUUUUCUAUAGAAACACACUGAGGUUUGCUACAAUUUACAGUAUAGAGCUGUUGAUAAUCUCUUAUGUAUUUACUGAUACCUUUUGUAUUUGAUCUUUGUCUCUAGUAAAGUUUUGUACUCUGCUUAACAUGUUGAUUAAUAUGGUGUGUCUGUUCAAAUGGAAACUAAGGUUAUUCAUGUACGACAAACUAGUACAAGCUGAACGAUUUUCAAAUCAGAUAAUUGUCAACUUGUUUGAGCUCAGAGAGGAACAGAUAUGCAUUUCUGCAGAGCUGAAUGUUUUUCUGUCACAUGGCUUUCUUUUAUAUGGCUGUCAACAUACAUUUGGAAACCAUAUAUUUUAUUAAAGAGGAGAUCCAGUCUCCUGUGAAGAAAUUAAAAAUCAGCAGCUAAAAAAACUGUAGUUACUGACUUUAAAAAAAAAAACAGCCACUCAACUGUCUCACGAUCCAGCGGUGGGCUCACACCAGCCGGUUUCACCUGCCAUCGUCUUUCCUUUGCGCCAAUAACUUAAUCGGAGACACCUAACUGUGACAGCUUGCAGCUUCACAGCUAGGUGCCCACUGCACAUGCGCGAGCAGUGCUGCGCAUUGUAAAUGGUCCCGCUGUCUUCUGGGACCUGGAACGUGUCCCAAAGACUGCAAGGGGGGAGGGAGGCAGGAGAACUUCCGCUUCCGAUCGCCUAGGCAGUGGGAGAAGAUAUGAGAGUGGGUACCUGUUAAAAUCGGGUACCCUCCCCUCGCUCCUGUCUCCCCCUCACUCCUCAAAAGUGCCAACUCUUCAAGAGGAGCGGGGGACGAGUCCUUAAAGCAGAACUUCCCCUUUUGGGUGGAGCUCCGCUUUAAUAAAGGCAUUUCAAUAUUAAAGUAUAAUUAUAGUUCUAAAAAGACUUUCCUGGGCAGUCCUCUUUCAAAUGAAGUCUCAAAAAGUAAAGGUUUGCUAUGUUACAGGGAACAUCUAGAAAUUAUAUUGGUGCUACUGACUUGGACACAGUUGCUUGUCCUACAUUGACAGGCAUGUAGGUAUACUACAUGCCUGUCAAUGUAGGACAAGCAACUGUGUCCAUUUACACGCUGUAUUUCUAUAGACAGACUUACAGUACAUGGGCUGUCUGUACAAAGCACCUGGCUGCUCCUAUCACAUAAACAAAUGGCCCAAUCACAGUGUAUGGGCCUCAGCACCCAUGUAAAUGAGGCCUAAACAGUACCCUGAAAAUUGUACACUUUGUCUGUAAUUCUAACUGAAAAAUAUAUGUGAAGAUGCUUGGGGACUGCUAUGCCAACAGCCUCAUAGAUGUAUAUAUCUGCAGUGUAGUUGAUGCUUGGACAGGCUGACAGGCAUUGAGUCAGUCAACAUGCUUGGGACAAGCACAGGGCUGAAUUUCCCAUUAGGCCUACAGACGUCUACAGACGCCCUUCCUAGGCGGGCGCCCGCCUGUACAUGCAGGGCAUUAGGAAGAUGCCUUAGGUAAAAUGCACUUCCCCCCUAUCCAGGCUCCCUGUGUAGACAAAACUCCUUUCACCAACCCUGACGACAGGAAGAGGCGACCAAUAAGAAAGGAGAGUCCACCUGGGGGGGGAGAGAAACGGCAGCCAGACGAGCAGGUGGAAGGGGUGAUCAGACACAGCUGACCACUCAGAUUAGGGAGAGCCCACUGUUAUGGCAUGGUCAGCGGAGUGAUAAAACUCUCUGCUGAUCUCUCUUCGAUCCUGACACUUCUGCUGACAACUGAUGCUUGCCUUUGUCCGCCUUGCUGUCACUUGACCUCCACUUCUCUCCCUCCUGGGCCACUUCAAAAUUCUCUCCCUUUAGGCUUCUGAUAUAUAAAUCUUGCCCUGGACAAACAUAGAUCUAUACUCAGACAAGAUCUAUACUCAGACAAAAAUGUUCUGAAUGAAUCUUUUAUGAUUCUAUGUUUCCCUGCCAAAUCUGUCACUGUUCACAUUCAAUUUGCAGUGUAAUUUGUAUUCAGUUCUAAGCAUUUUUAUACUGAGUAAUUAUAACUAUUUCCAAUAUACAGGCACAGAGAAGUGUGGAUAUCUGGUUAUUUAUUUGGCAGAUCAGUCUACAGAUAAUUGUUACUUCAGUGUUUGAUGCUGGAGAGUUUCUUUCUAUUUCUCAUGCUCAAUGUAACUGUCGCCAUAUUAGUGCAUUUGCAACAACACAGUUUAGUACUCUUCGUGAUACUUUAUUUUAUUUGCACUAACAGUUCAUUUUUCAGGACAGGCUUUCAGGGCCUAGUAGGUUUUGUCCAAAAAAGUAAUGGUGAGCGCUAGCAGUGAGGGCUAUGCUCUUGAUCGCAAAGUUUUUCACAUCUACUAUGGCAAGAAUAAGGAGGUUCAAUCCUUCUGUUGGACUUUUACUUUAUCUGAUGUGAUGCAAAAGGGAACAGAAGAAGUGGGAACACUAUUGUGGAUAUGGGCACCCCAAACUCCCCAAUGAGCAGAAAUAGAACCAGAAACGAUGGAGGUUAUCCAAUUGUUAGAUCUGCCAUAAGAUAUUAGAAAUCAGUGGGUGAUUCAUCCCUAAAGACUGUACUUAGCUAUGAAAUAUUACUUUUAAAUAGACUGACUUAUUGAUAGAAGCCACCCCUGUUGAUUAUUUGGCAACAAGAGCAUGAAUGUAAUCCUGAUUUCUGCAUUACUCUGCGGUGUUCAACAACACAAUGUUUUAGUUUUACUAUGUAGCACUACCCCCCGGAGUCAUUUUUCUUCAUUCAUUCCAACACAAAAAAAAGUCCUUGGCUUGUUUUUGUUGUUUUAUUAGGAGAUGAUCAUUUGGAUGGGGUAGGGAAUUGUGGGAUGCCCAACUUGAAAAUGUUGAAACACAGAACCAGGAACAACUUCCUCACUAUUUACAAAAGUCCUCUUCUUCCUUCCUCCUGCACAAACUUGGUUUCCACAGCACAACACCUGCUGCUCGCUCUUGUUGGAACUAGCAGGAUAUUACUAGUUCAACAAAGGCCCAUACACACAAGAACACUCAAUCCUAUGACAAAAGUAGCCCAGUUAGAAUGAAAAGCAUGAUAUUUCUCCUUCUGCUUCCCUGUGGCCACUAAUCCCAGAUCCACUUGGUUGCAGAAAAUUCUAGCCCACCUGGUUGUCACCAGCCAUGCCUGGCUGAUCUUCCUCACAGUGCUCCAGUCUGACUUUCUGCCCCAGUCCUGCCCGACUGGCUCACACACAUGGAGACCUUCCAGGGCAAGGUUAGAUGAAGACUUGGCACUACAUGGUCUUCAAGAAAGCACUGUAACAUCUGUCUUUCCCCUUGUCUUGUCCCUGCACCGUGUUCAUCUACUCACUGUAUCUCCUUGCUCUUUUCAGCUGCCUCUCCGGCAUGAAUCCUUCCACCUCCUGUGUUAGGAUCCAGCCUUACUGAGCUCCCAGCCUGAGGUAACCCCCCUCCCCCGGGUAAGUUGUCUCUCAAGGGCCACCAACUGCCUCUCCUCAGCACUGCUUCUCCAUCUUCCACCCGACUCCCCUGCUAGCAUGGCUCAGGUCUAUUUAUGGGGAUCCCAGUUCCCUGGCAGCCCACUGCUGGAGAUUGUCUGAAAGCCCAUGAAUAUUCAGGAAGCCCCUCCUAACCCCUACCUUCCUGUUCUAGAAGUUUCUCCAACCCUCCAGCUACCAGGGGGAGGCACCCGAGAGCUGGCAGGAUGAGUCAUCCAGCCCUGGCCUCUAGUAACCCUGACCAAAUUCAGUUACAUAGUUAGUCAGGUUAACAAAAGGCAAAAGUCCAUCUAGUUCAACCAAUAAUAUUUCAGUCACAUGGGUUUAUUCCUGGCCAUAAAUAUGCUUUUAGCUACUCUCACUUCUACUAGCACACACUAGAGGGUGCUACAUACACAUGGCAAAAUCUCUUUAAAUCUGAACUCCUGGCAAACUGCUAAGUACAUAGUUCAAAUGUAUAUAUGGAAGCUGUUUUACCUGUAUAUCCAGUAUCCCGUGGUUUAGACAGCCCUGAUAAAACAUUUACCCUAGUGACCUUACCUUUCCUUGCUUCAGAGAAGCAACACAUCUAGGCCCCCUGCCUGCCCCAUCCUGUGAUUGGACAGUGAAGUAGCAGCAACAGAUUUCUGAGGUAAUUUCUUUGCAUACUGCUCUUAUCUGCAUUUUCUUUGUCAGCUAAUAUGAAUGCAGCACACCUGAUUCACUGGUGUUUAUUUGUCUGGGAAUUCCUAUAUAAAUAGACUUAAAUAUGCAUUAAUAAGCUACAGUGACAAAACAAAAUGAAACAACUAGAUAGAAUUAUAUUUUCCCCCCCCCCCCCCCCCCCUGAUAAAAUCAAGCAAUCUCCACUAGCACUAAAGCAAUCCACCAAAGAUGUUUUGAAUGAAAUGUUAUAGCUGCUGUAGGAUCACACAUUGUAGCUGCAUAGUACAUAGCUUCAAUGUAGGUUUAUUGAAGGAUGUAAUGUAUAUAUAAUUUAGUAAACAAUGGACCGUUGCUAUUGCAAUACUAUUUCUAAUAGUGAGAUAUUUGUUGUAUUAAAACUGUUACUGCUUUAUUGUAUUUUUAUUUUUCAUUUUCUGCAUAGCAUUUAGUAGUUUAAAGACAUAUUUAUUUCUUGACUGCACUCUUUAUUGGAUUGCCUGUUUGUAUCGUCACUAUGUAUGCAGUAUUUUGUAUGUCUAUGAAUGUUUUGUAUUAAAUUUUUAUAAUCCCA